AUGAUAUCAGAUACCCAUUUAUUAGGCCCUUUUAGAGGUCAUUGGUUUGAUAAAUUGAGAAGAGAAUGGCAAAUGUGGAGGUCAUUUCAAACUUCUCUUACACUUCUAUCACCAGAUGCAACAUUUUUUUUGGGUGAUAUUUUUGAUGAAGGAAAAUGGAGUAAUAAAGAAGGAUUUGAGAGAUAUGUUUAUAGAUUUGAUGAAUUAUUUAAAGUAAAUAGAAAUACUGAGAGACAUGUAGUAGUUGGUAAUCAUGAUAUUGGUUUUCAUGAUUAUAUUAACCCUCAAAGUGAAUUAUUGUUUAGUAAAGUAUUUCCAAACAGUUCACCAGUUGGUGUAGUAAAAUUAAAAAAAGAAACAUUUGUCCUUGUAAAUUCAAUGGCUAUGCAUGGAGAUUAUUGUCGAUUAUGUAGUAUGGCAGAAAUGGAAAUUGAAAGAAUUAGUAAUGAAAUUAAUAACAGUGCAAAAGAAUUACUAAAAAAUAAUAAAACAAAAAUUUCAAUGAAACAAAAGCAACCAACUGUUUUGAUGCAUUUUCCAUUAUAUAGAAAUAAUGAUAUGAAAUGUGAAGGAGGUGAUGAAUUAAGAGAUAUUGAAAUUAGACAAUCAGAAAUAUUUAGAGAAAAGUGGGAUUGUUUAAGUAAAAAUUCAACUAAAUUUAUCAUUGAUAAAUUAAAUCCAAAAGUUGUUUUUAGUGGUCAUACACAUUAUGGAUGCAAAAUUAAGCAUAAUAAUAUUACAGAAUAUACUGUAGCUUCAUUUUCAUGGAGAAAUAAUCCUAUGCCAUCUUUUCUUUUAGUUGUUUAUGAUAAUGAUGAAGUUAAGGCAUCAAAAAAUGUUGAUGUUGAAUUGUGGGAAAUAGAUAAAUCAUAUGUAAGUGAUAUUGAAAUGACAACUACUACAGAUCAUGAUGGAAAUUUUUAUAUAGAUAAGGUAAUUGAAGAUUACCUUGUCAGUGACUUAGAACUAGUCAUCAAAAUAUUUCAUCAAUGUAAUGUUAAAAAUGCUGAUCUAUGCUAUAAAGUGAUAGAAAUUCCCGUUCCAACAACAUUUUUUAAUUAUGAUGAAAAUGAUGAUGAGACAUACUUACCAAGAGCUUAUAAUCUAGGAACAAUUGAGUUAGAUACAAAUCAUCCACUUCAAGGAAAAUCUUGUAGUCAUAUACUAGGAAAUACAGUAAAUAAAUAUAUUGACUUUGCUUCAAAAUUUAUUAAUUAA